UUCAAAUUCUUAAAAAAAACAUUUGUAAGGUUCUAAUAAGCGUACGGUUCUCGUGUUUACAAAAAAUUCAGUCCAAAUUAUUUUAGUGAAAAUAUAAAUUUAAUUAUUUCCGUAUUAAUAAGAAAUAAAAUGCUUCAAUGAAUGAAAGCAUCAAUUUAUUAGUGCCAUUCAGGGAAUUUUCAUUAUCUAUUUAUAACUGUCGUAAUAAAAUAGAAGAAGCACUGGAGCUGUUAAUAUUUUCGACAAUUUUCUUCAUCGUAUUUAACAUCAUUUUAUUCUAUUUAAUACAUAAUUAUCGCAAUGGGAAGAGCAAAUUUCGAUUUUGUCGAUCAACAAAGCUUCCAGAGCAUGUGUCAAGAGUAUUGCUAGUUACAGCACAUCCAGAUGACGAAUGUAUGUUUUUCGGUCCAACAUUAAUAGCUUUAAAGAAGAAGAAUUGCAGAAUUUUUGUUCUGUGUAUGUCAAGAGGCGAUUAUGAGAAACAAGGCCACGUACGUAAAGAUGAACUUUGGAGUGCUUGCAAAUGUUUCGAAAUUAAGGCACAAGACAUAACAUUAAUACAAUGUACACAACUUCCGGAUGAUCCAAAUGCAGAAUGGAAAGUCGAACUUAUUUCUACGCUUAUUUUAAACCAAGUUGAGGCACUAGACAUAGACUUAUUAAUAACUUUCGAUAAAGACGGCAUAAGUCAACAUAAAAAUCAUCAAGCAUUGUAUUAUGCAACAGCAUCGUUAUGUCUCUCUGGAUUAAUACCAUCAACAUGCAAGAUUCUUAUUCUUGAGACUGUCAAUAUUGUUCGCAAAUACUUAUCGCUUUUUGAUGUUCUCCUUAGUCUUCUAUUGUCAACAAAUUGGUGCAUCGUGAGGUGGCAUGAACGUAAUAUUAUUCAAUCAGCAAUGCAACGACAUCUCUCACAAAUAGCUUGGUUUAGACGACUUUAUAUAAUUUUCUCACGCUAUAUGAUUAUCAAUUCAUUGACGGAAUUGAAUGUUGAAUCAAUUGAAUUUGAUAUUCUAGAGAGUUAAAAAGAAUUUAUAUCUCUAUUGAUUUUUUUUUUGUUUAGCUAAUUAGUCCAAUUUAUUUAAUUUUUAUUUAUACUUCUUCUAUCUUUGACAAUGUACACAUUGGUACACAUUGUUAUUUAAAUGACAAAACAACAACAACAACAAAAUAUGAAAAGAAAAUAAAUGACGCAAUUUUUUUCCCACAAUGAAAAGAGAUAAAAUCGUUUCCCUCAAUAAUCACGAGCUAUCAUCUCAGUAUUCAUGCGGAAUCGUGUGCUUUCAAGGAUAAACGUCAAUAUACAGAGGUUGACAAUUGAUGAUAAAUCUUACUGCGAUGUCACAGAUGAAAAUACAUUUCUGUAUGUGUGAUUUGUUUACGAUGAUUGGUUUGGGAAAGUAGAUUAAUACGGGAAAUUGGC